UCAUGCCUUUCCAUUGCGCCCCCCUCCUCCUCUCUCUCUCUCUCUCUCUCUCUCCCCUCCUUUCCCUCUCUCCCUUUUUGCGGUGUAAACCGCAUAGCGGGCCGGAGGGAGGUGGGGGAAAAAAAGGUGGCUGAAUGAGAAGAGGUGGCUACUUAGUUAGAGAGAACUAGACCCUGAAUUGGUCCAAUCAGAAGCUGGGCAGUCAGUCAGUCUUGAACAGGGAAUGAGAUUUUAGCGUCUUUUUAUUCUUUACCCCCCCCCCCCCUUCCUUCCCAUACAGGUCUUCUGCGUAUGUAUUCCAUUUUAAAAGAACCAGUUAUCUAUUAUUUGAUUGCACACGGACGAUUAAUAAUUUCGGAUGUCUGCAAGCACGCUCUGAGACUGCUAACAUCUAUACAGCAUGGCUCAACCCUACCGAAUUCCACAGAAUGUAAUGGGGAGUUCCCGGUCACUGGCACACGAGUUGAUUAAUCCCAUAACUAUGAAACAGGUUCCUGAGAUCCUUAGUAUUGCUAAUAAGAAGAGUCAAAAUGGUGAAGUGACUUCUGAGCACUCCAUACUGACUGACAAAGCUGUCACACCAUUAUCAGCUGCUCUUCAGGAUAGUGUGAUACACCGAUUAAAUGGACAUGAUGCAGCUUCUGCAUACAGAUCAUCAGACAAAUUAAAGGAUUUAACUUCUCUUGUGUUAAAUGGAGAUUCUGGUGCACCAGAUGUAGUUGAAGACCCACCAUCCCAGCAUGCAUCUUCUCCAGUUGAAUGCUCCACGGAGAACAGAGGGAACAAAACACCACCUCGAACAACGCCUAAGAAGAGUGGUUCACCAGAGAUUAAGUUGAGGAUUACUAAAACUUACUUGAAUGGAAAGCCACUGUUUGAAUCCUCACUUUGUGGAGAUCUGCAGAUAGGUGACCCCGAGUGUGCACAGCAGGAAGAAGAAGAAAAGGAUGAAGACAAAGGAAAAAAUAGAGAGAAAAGAAAAAGGAAGAGAAGUGUGAAGUAUGAUGCAUUACUUGAACAAAGUCUGGCUCAAGUGGCACUUGUGUCCAAGACAUCCAGUUCUCCUGAUGAGCAUGAAAAGACUGAAGAAGACCAAGGCGAUGAAAGAGCCAAAGAUGAGGAAAUCAAGGAGAAGGAUAAGGAUGUCCCAGUGAAAUAUCAUGUGGGAGACAUGGUGUGGUCCAAAGUGUCUGGUUAUCCUUGGUGGGCUUGCAUGGUUUCUUCAGAUCCCCUCUUAAGCACCCAUACAAGACUGAAAGGUCUGAAUAGGGCCACUUGUCGCCAGUAUCAUGUCCAGUUUUUUGGAGAAGCUCCAGAAAGAGCCUGGAUUUUUGAAAAGAGCAUGAUACCCUUUGAAGAUUUUCAACAAUAUGAUGAGUUAGUCCAAGAAAGUGCCAAACAUGCAAGUUCCAAGGCAGAGAAGAACAAGAUCCUAAAACCAAUUCCUGCCAAAAUUCGUGGUCAGUGGGAUAUCGGCAUUUCCCAGGCUAAAGAAGCAUUGGCAAUGACCCGAGAGGAUCGAAAGGCUAAAUACACCUUUGUUUAUGAUCAUGAUCGUCCACUACUCCCGCCCCAGGUUGCAAAGGAAGCUGGAGUUCCUGUUGAACUUAUAGAGGACAGGAAAUGGCCAACUGAAGAAUUCCCAAGUACCAAGGAAAAUCUCACUGACAGUAAAGGCCGUAGGAGAAGAAACCGCAGUGCACCAAAUAAAAGGCAGUGUUCAAAGCUGUGUGAACCUAAGACCCCUGCAGCGCAGUGUGUAAAUAGGACUGUAGAUUGUAUUGAAGGUUCUGCUCAAAGUCAGUCAAGUGAUAGGACAUCUUGUAGAUCAUCAGACUCUGAGAGUGGUACAGGUUCCCCGGUGGCUAAGAGAAAACAAGGAGCCUCCAUUCAGCGGACCAGGAAAUGUGAUACUGCCUUCGCUCAGUUCAUGGCCUUUUGUCAGAAACACAGAGAUGAGCUAGCUGAGGAGCACCCAGAUGCUUCUGGUGAGGAGAUUGAAGAACUGUUGGAAUCUCAAUGGGCUAUGCUUAGUGACAAACAGAGAGCACGUUACAAUACCAAGUUCUCUAUAGUAACCCCAGUAACAGAGCACAAAUCUCCUGUGCUGGGCUCAGGUUUUUCAGCAGGAUCACCUGGGCCAACCAGACGCAAAGUGCUGCAAGAAUCUCCAAAAAGAACAACUAGAUCGAGUGUUAGUUCAGAAUCAACUAGGCAAAGAAGACUAUCCAGGAAAAUAAUAGAUUACAGGGAGGACUCUCCAGAACGAAUUGGCUCCAGCAAGAGAUUAAAGCGGAACUACUACAUAGAUGAAAAGUAUGAGUUCAAUAAUGCUGGCCAGGCAGAGGCUUGUGGAAGUGAUGGUAUCGAGGCUGGAGAAACAUCUUGUAUUACGAAUGCAUCCCAAAACAGCCAGUCAGAUAUAAGCAAACUCUCUGAUGCGUGUAAACCACUGAAAAAGCGAAGCAGAGCAUCAACGGCAGAAACUCUGAUACCAGCUGUCAACAAGAAUCCAUCUCCUCUAACUGUGUUUACAGAAAAUGAGACAUCAUUUGAUGGACAGCUGGAGUCAGCAGAUGAAAGUGCAGAUGAAACUCCAACAGAGGCUUCAUCUGUAUCAUCCAAAAAAUCUCAAGGAGAGCGAGGAGGCACUGGUACAGCUAAGAAAGAAGGAGUUUGUCAGAUGUGUGAGAGCUCUGGUGAACUGCUCCUUUGUGAAGGACAGUGUUGUGGGGCGUUCCAUUUGGCUUGUCUUGGGCUGUCUAAAUUACCUCAAGGCAAAUUUAUAUGCAGAGAAUGCACGUCAGGUGUUCACACAUGUUUUGUGUGUAAGAAGAAUGGGCCUGAUGUUAAACGUUGUAAUGUUCCUCUGUGUGGCAAGUUCUACCAUGAGGACUGUGUGAGAAAGUACCCCCCAACUGUGUUUGAAAACAAGAGGUUUCGAUGCCCACUGCAUACUUGUAUCAGCUGCCAUGCCACAAACCCCUCUAACCCCAGGGCAACAAAAGGGCGAAUGAUGCGCUGCGUCCGCUGUCCAGUGGCUUAUCAUGGAGGGGAGACCUGUAUUGCAGCAGGGUCUGUAAUGCUGACGGCCAACAGUAUUAUCUGUAGCAACCAUUUUGCUCCAAAAAAGGGGUACAGUCAUCAUGCCCAUGUCAAUGUUAGCUGGUGCUUCGUGUGUUCAAGAGGUGGAAGCCUUUUGUGUUGCGAGUCCUGUCCUGCAGCAUUUCACCCAGAAUGCCUGAACAUUGAUAUGCCGGAGGGGAGCUGGUAUUGCAAUGAUUGCAAAGCAGGCAAGAAGCCACGAUACAAAGACAUCAUCUGGGUUAAACUGGGUAGCUACAGGUGGUGGCCCGCAGAGAUAUGUCACCCGAGAAACGUUCCAACAAAUAUUCAAAACAUGAAGCACGAGAUUGGCGAGUUUCCAGUUCACUUCUUUGGAUCAAACGACUACUUUUGGACCCAUCAGGCACGCGUAUUUCCUUAUAUGGAAGGUGAUAAGGGAAGCAAAGACAACAAAAUCAAAAGCCUCAGCAAAGCCUUUAGAAAAGCUUUAGAAGAGGCAGCAGAACGUUUUCAGGAUCUUAAAGCUCAGCGGGAGACCAGAGAAGCUCAGGAAAAUGAGCGCAAUGGUAGAAAACCUCCACCAUAUAAACACAUAAGGGUCAAUAAACCAUACGGCAAAGCACAGAUUUAUACAGCUGAUAUUUCGGAAAUCUCGAGGUGCAACUGUAAGCCUACAGAUGAUCAUCCUUGUGGCCUGGAUUCAGAGUGCCUGAACAGAAUGUUAAUGUAUGAAUGUCAUCCAGCUGUCUGCCCAGCUGGUUCACGGUGCCAAAACCAGUGUUUUAGCAAACGACAGUAUCCUGAAUCACAGGUGGUCAAGACUGCUGGAAAGGGCUGGGGCCUCAUUUCAAAGACUGACAUUAAAAAAGGAGUAUUUGUAAAUGAGUACGUGGGAGAGGUAAUAGAUGAAGAUGAGUGCCGAGCAAGAAUCCGGUUUGCCCAAGAGCACAACAUUGCCAACUUCUACAUGCUUACAAUUGAUAAGGAUCGAAUAAUUGAUGCUGGACCUAAAGGGAAUUAUUGUCGCUUUAUGAACCACAGUUGCCAGCCCAAUUGUGAAACACAGAAAUGGACAGUGAAUGGAGACACUCGAGUUGGGUUGUUUUCUCUCUCUGACAUCCCAGCAGGGACUGAGCUCACCUUUAAUUAUAACCUGGACUGCCUUGGCAAUGAGAAGACUAUCUGCAGGUGUGGUGCACCAAAUUGCAGUGGAUUCCUCGGGGUCAGACCCAAGAAUGCAAGCAAUGGUUCCGAUGACAAAGGAAAAAGGGGAAAAAAGAAAAUGCGAAAACGCAAAUCAAAGGGUGAAGGGAAAAAAGAGCAUGAGGAUGAAUGCUUCCGCUGCAGAGAUGGUGGAGAACUUGUACUUUGUGACAGAAAAAUUUGUUCGAAGUCAUAUCACCUAUCCUGCCUCAGUCUUACAAAACCUCCAUUUGGAAAAUGGGAAUGCCCAUGGCACCACUGUGAUGUCUGUGGAAAACCCUCCGUUGUUUUUUGUCAAUUUUGCCCCAACUCUUUCUGCAAGGAUCAUGAGGAAGGAACAAUGUUCAGGUCCACAAUUGAUGGACGUGCUUGCUGCUGCGAACAUGACCACUGCAACAUGGCAGAACCUCUGGAACGAUGCAAAAACCCGGAGACCAAUCUUUCUCUGAAUGAAACCGUGAAGUUAGAGUCGAAGAAUCCCAAAACCAGCAAUCAUAUGCCAGUUGAAAAAGCACAGUGAAUUACUUGAACUGUAGACACUAUUGGUGAUUGAUGUUGAUUGAUAAAUACUACCACAGACACUCCUCACAACUUGUAAUGCAAAAACUGUUUGCAGGAAAAGGCAUUCUUGAUUCCACUGAGCCAUCUCCAGCAGUUCUUAACUGCAUCUGCACUGAUAACUCAAGACUGUGGCUACAGAACUCACAGUAACCGGACAGCAAAACGACACAGCAUUAUAUUAACACUGGGAAUCCUUAUUGAAACUAUCCCUCCUAUGAAAUAUUGAAAAUAGGAGGUAGAUUUAAAAGACCAAAAUACAAAUUGGGAUUGAAACUAAAAAAUUAAUAGCAUUUAUCAAUCAUUAAAAGUGUUAAAAUAUGAUACUGAAAGAAAUGACACUAUUAGUUGCUCUUCAUUGUGUUUGUAUGCGUUAGUGUAGUUUACAUUAAUAGUUCAGUAUCUUUUGUAACUCUGCUGGUUUUUAUUGCAGUGCAUAGAUAAUCACUUGUUCAGUGUUUUAAAAUACCUUCUUUUCAGGGCUGUUUGAACUGUUUGUGUGUGACCGCAGGGAUUGAAACUGUAUUACUGUAGCCAGUAAAUGCAGCAAUUGUGGGUCUUUUACUGGAAAAAUUCUGGUCAGGCAAGUUUUAUUUAAACCAACUGUAAUAACAGCAAAUACAAGUUCUGUUUAGUCAGAUAUGUACCAAACUGUGAACCAUGUUCACCUUAAUUGAAAAUGUUUUAGAUUAUUGUUUGUGUUUCUUCUAGUUUUGUUUAUUUUUGUUCAUCCUUUGGAGGUUCCAGGAGCUUUUUAAACUUUUGUCUUUGAAAUUCCAAUGAGAAAGACGCCAACUGUUUGUAGAUCAAAGAUGUAUCCUUUAACUCUGCUUUGCUCAAAGCACUGCUCGCAGAGUUCAGCCUCUAGUUUUAACCUUUUGUACUCCGUAUAUUCCAAUACUACUUUUGUAGCUCUAGCUGGGGCCCAAGAGUAGCCCAGUCCACAGCAGGAGAGCUUCCAGGUUUUACUGAUAUUGUUUACAACACAUGUAAACAAAAUGGUUUGUUGGCAAAAUUUCUUUAAUCAUAUUCUGUUGUUUGAAUAUUGCCAACAAUAUUAUCUGUGUCUUCAUUUGACAGCUGUGGCUGCCACCUUGAGAAUUCCUCUAGGGAUGACAAAUGAAAUUCAUAGGCUUGUUGCAAGAUGGAAACAAAAUGUGUUCCAUCACUGAAUGAUGAUGAUGAUGAUGAUGAUGAAUGAGUUUUCAUCUCACUGAUUUGGUACACUAUUUCCCUCUUGCUGUCACAUUGUAUUAUUGCUUAUAGAUCUGUGCGUGCUGUUUUGCAAAAAAAAAUAUUUGCGUUUACUGGAUGAAAUUUGGGUCACUUGCAACUCCAGAUUCACCGAGCACACAAUGUAAAUUUCCAAAGCCAGAACUGAAGAUUCAUUACUGCUGGUUCACACAAAUGUGUUGUGUUAUUAGGGAAACAUAACUUCCCUUUUACAAUGUCUGUCUACACUGUCAGGAAGAAGGUUAAUCUAAUACAACAUUCGAAGCUUGAACGGUUCUUCUGCCACCUAUUUAGAUGAUUUUUUUAAAUUGCUUUAGUCCUAACUGGUAAAACUUCUUACUUUUCCUUCCACUAGUGCAGUUCUCUCUUUUUUUAUAAGCAACAAGCCAGUCCAAAAGUAGUCAUAAAAACAUAACUGGCUUUUGGAUUCAAUUCCAUUGUGCACUUUUCAGCCAACAACCUGAUGGGUUUCAUUUUCCACCCCUGUGGAAAUACUCAGGAUGGUGCUCUUCUUUCCUAGAUGGUUGUGAGAGGUACCUUACGUUAACUAUUUUGCAUUCUUGUAAAUAGUCUGACCACAUACAGUUAGUUUAAGUACAGAAAAUAAUUGUGCUCCUGAAAAAUGUUUAUACUUGCAGUGCAAACAGACUAAUAAUAAGUGAUUGGAGAACUGUGGAAGACUGAAUUAAGUGCUGCAUGCAUGUAGCCAGCUGAAAGAAAUAGUGUUUAGAAUUUACCCCUAAAGGUAUAAAGCAGCAACCUGAACUGAAAAUAGUUUUGAAUUCUGAAGAUACUGGAUGAGGGCAGAUUGAAUAAGAUGCAUGGAAAGAAUACUUCAAAUUUUUUUGACUCCAGUUGUAAGUGAAUUGAUGCCAGUAAGUUUGUAGGGAAUUCAUUAGUUUUGGAAUAAACGCAUCCCAGAAGCUCCUGUUGUACAAUAUUGGACUUAACAGUGUUCGAGUUUUUGCAUCCAAAAGCUAGCUUCAGCUGGUCUCCCAUCUUGACCAGGCUACCAUAUUUUUCUAAACUGGAGACUUAAUGUUAAUAAAGCAAACCUAAGCUGACUAUGGGAGCACACUUCCUAUCAGAUACUCAUUGAUUGCCAGUGGCCAUAUCAAGCCUGAUGUCCAAUAUCUAACACCUAAAGAGUAAAUGUGGAGUUGAUGUGAUGAACAUAACUAAAUUUCUGUCCGUUCAUAGUCAAUGGAUGGAAAACUUGUGCCAAGCUGAAUCAUGGUGAUGUGCUAAGUAACUACCAAUAUGGUUUUCUCAGGAUUUAAAAAUAACCUCCGACUGAGUUCAGUCAGUAAGUAGUUACUUUAUUUUGACUAAGAAAAGACUUGGUUCUUGCAAAGUUAAAGAGUAAAUUUUCAGAGAAACCUUAUGAGCCUAAGUCAACGUAAAAUAAGCAUGAAGUCUAAUAUUGGGAACCAAUGUCAAACAUUUGGAUGACCUAAACAGCUGUCAGGCCUGAUAGAUAAGUAAAUGAAGAGCCCUAAUAUCUCUUUUAGAUCCUUUUGCACAAAUUGGACCGCAAUGAGCAGGGCAGGCGGUAGACUUUUCCUACUUAGGAUUCUUCAGCUGCUAACUAAAGAUCAGUCCUUUUGAAAAUUUCUCUGAAGGCAGGAGUAGGAGCCCCAGUUGGAGGUACUUACUGCUUGCACAAUACUGAUUCUUAACCUGAAGAUGUGCGUAGACGGAUUUCCCCCUCAAAAGGUUUUGCAGGUGAAAUUGGUCUUUGCCUGCACCACAAAGUGCAUUCAGGCCACUGUAAAAAUAAAAAACUCGGCUCUGACCGUGCUAUUGCAAAAACCAAUUUCACCCCCUUAUCAUUAAUACAUUUAACCUUAGCUCAGUGUUGAAACUGUUGUGCAAAUUAGACUUACGCAUAAAUUGGUACUAACGGGAUUUUAUUUGAACUUCAGUUGAUUCAGAUAAGCUUGAAUUAUAGUAUAAUUUCUCUUGUACAUGUUUAAAUCUAAGCAACAACCAGACAACAAUUAUGUGUCUCGAGUUCAUGGUCUUAUUGUUGGGACAUAACAUACUGAAGCUGCUGUAUGCUUUUUUUCACUGUGCACCUCAACAAGAUUUUAUUUUUUGAAGUUUUGUAUUAAAAGCCUUGCUUACCUAGAA